GGCAAUCCCAAAAGGACCGCUCUCUCAUGCCAGUUCCGGUCGGCGUUGUAGCAUCGUCGGCAUCGUUCCUCUUUUUAAUGCAAGUUAAAAUACCUCGGUACACAAGCGCACCCGGCCAACGUAGAGCACGUGUAGCGGAUGCUGGCUUUGCACGAGUGAGGGGGGACCUUUCCCAUUGCCUGGCUGUGUGCUGCGGAGAUCUGUUGCUGUUUUUGCGACCUUGCUCACCUGUACCGAUGCUUAAAAACUGGAGGGGCCUGAGUGAAAUUUUGGCAUGAAAUUAAAAUUAUUGCCGAUACCAGACCCCGCUGAAAGUGAGGAAAAUACUGAACCGGCACCUGAUGCAUUCAGCCAUUGGGACGAUGAACCACAAUACGAGAUAACGAAUCGAGAUAAGGUUAUCACAUCAUUCAUUGCAGGAGCACUAGCCGGCUCUCUUGCAAAGACGACUAUAGCGCCUCUUGAUCGCACAAAGAUUAACUUCCAAAUACACAAUGAGCAGUUCUCGUUUACCAAGGCGAUUCAGUUCCUGGUCAAAUCGUACAAGGAGCAUGGCCUGCUCAGUUGGUGGCGAGGUAACACAGCCACCAUGGCAAGAGUUGUCCCCUUCGCCGCCUGCCAGUACGCUGCUCACGAGCACUGGAAGAUCAUCCUCAAGGUGGAUACAAACGAAAGGAGGAAGAAGCACUACUUCCGGACGUUCCUUGCUGGAUCCUUGGCUGGUUGCACGGCGUCUACGCUGACGUACCCCUUGGAUGUUGCACGUGCAAGGAUGGCAGUUUCCAUGCCAGACAGGUACCGAAACAUAAUUGAAGUGUUUCGGGAAAUCUGGAGAUUGGAAGGCCCGAGGAACUUGUACAGAGGGUUCGCACCCACGAUGCUUGGCGUCAUCCCCUAUGCCGGUGCUAGUUUUUUUACGUAUGAGACUCUGAAGAGGCUAAGAGCAGAGCAGACGGGGUCGACGGAAUUGCACCCAUUCGAGCGCUUGGUGUUUGGUGCGGUGGGUGGCCUGUUCGGCCAGUCGAGUUCCUAUCCGCUGGACAUUGUGAGGCGGCGGAUGCAGACGGCGCCCCUGACUGGGCAGAACUACACCAGUGUGUUGGGAACCCUCAUGAUGGUCUACAAGAACGAAGGCCUCAUUGGCGGCCUCUACAAAGGACUGAGCAUGAACUGGAUCAAGGGACCCAUCGCCGUCGGCAUCAGCUUCAUGACGUUCGACAUCAGCUCGCAGGCGAUGCAGAAAGCGCUGGCCUCGCGAUUUUGGACACGCUGGCGAAGUGACUAAGUCCGCUUAGUUGUUUAUUCAAGGGAUCUAGCUCCGUCAUUGCUGGACUACGUAGCAAUCAUGGUAGCAGUGUGGACUGGCUCUAGCCGUCGUUAUAACAUUGGUUGCGAGCCGUAGCGCUGUGCCUCGCGUUGCUAGAAGCGACCGCGUGGCUUGCGGAUUACGCCGAUGCUUAUUCCAGGCUACAGCUCUAGUGGAACAAAAAGCUUUUUUGCAGAGUUGCGGUUGGGGCAUGCUUAUACUAUUGCCGGCGUUGAGCCACAUCAAUUUUAUUUUACGGGGGACUGUUGAAAGAUGCGUAAAUAUAUAUAUUCCUGUUGAAUCGCUGCCGAAAAUCUCUCUGUUUUUUGUAAACGCGCAGUCACGUAGCUGAAGUCGUGAUUGCCUUGGAAGGGCAGCGACUUUUCUCUAGUCUUUCAACUUUUGUCAAGCUUCAUAGCCUCGGCUUCAUAAGCUGCGAGGACACAGUGAAGAGUUGGGCUGAAUACCGUGGGUAUUAGUCAACUGCUUCUUAUCUUCAAUAUAUUUUGUUUUGGUAUGCUUUUAUGACAGACAGCAUAGAGAGACCUACAGAGAUCCAUUGGCAUAGGAACCUGUGUGGCCAUUGCUAGCCUUCUGGUGUA